AUGGACGAGCUUGCAAUUACUCCAGAGCCCAUUAGGAAGCGUGCCAGGAUUGGUAACAAGUGCGACGCGCAGACCGUGGUCCCGACAUCCGGCUUCUCGAUCGCGAGGAUCGAGUCCUUACCAGUCGAGAUCAUCUUCGAAAUAUUCUCCUAUCUUUCCUGCAAGGAUCUUUACGCUGUCAGUCACGUGUCCACGCUCUUCAAUCGACUCGCUUACGACCCGUUUCUAUGGCGAACUUACGAGGUGACGAACAACGAACAGGACACGGCGGAAGUGGUCAAAGAGCUGAAGAGGAUGCCGCUGCUGAAGAAGUUCAGCAUAAGCGUCCGGGCGGAUUGCGACGAGAUCCUGCGGCAACUCUCGCUGACGAACAAAAAACUGGAGGAACUGCACGUUUCUAAUUGCACAGGUUCCACGUCGAAAUUGUACUUACGCUCGGGUUAUCUGAUCCGCAUACUGGAGAGAUGCCGUAAUUUGCACACGAUCAAUAUACUGGGGAGCAGAUUCCGCGGCCGGAAGUUCUAUCGACUGCUGGGCGGCAUGGGACCGCGGCUGAGAUCCGUCUCCGCGCCAGCCACAAAAUCCCAAUUCUGCACGUUCAUCAAGUACGCGAGGCAAAUCAGCGAGACCGAUCGCGAGACGAUCUGCUCGAUGUACAACAGCGCGAAAAGUUGGUCGCCCUUGUACUACUUUGUCACAAAACGGGCGGACUGCGUUUGCACGGCCCUGAUCAGCUACCUUCACAACGACAUACUGCUGAUCGACACGAACCGAUCGAUUCAUAAACUAUCCAUCACCGACCGAAGGAACGCCUAACUUGACCGGCGAGAAGAAUUUCAGAUCGAAUCUAUUGAAUUCUGUGCGUUUUCGACGAUUCGUACGUUCGAGGGAACGUGGGAGAACAUUCACGAUAUUUGCUAUACUCGCUCAGGAAUGAAAUACAUGUCAUGUGCUGUUAUAUCGUCCCAAUAUAUACGUGCGCCUUUGUAGUCGUAUUUUUUUAUUUUAAUCGUUCUUACGAUCUAGGCUCCCAGACGUAAUCUCAGAGCGAUCUAUGUGGGUCGAUUCACGUGUACAAAUGCCAGCCGACACGAGAGCAAGCUCCCGCGAGCUUUA